AUGGCUUAAAUUGAUAAGGAGACAGAAAAAACAUAUUAUGAAUAAGAUGAAGAAGAAACAUAAUAAAAAGAGAUACUCGAUGAUCCUGAAUAUGCUUAUGAAGACAGGAGAUCAAAAAGAGAAUAUCGAUAAACUAGAAUCAAAGAUAAAGAAGAUAGAGCUACAGUAGAAUAAUGCUUAGAUCCAAGAACAAGAGUUAUUUUAAUGAAAAUGAUAAAUAAUAAAUUCCUAAAAGAAAUAAAUGGAUGUAUAUCAACAGGUAAAGAGGCAAAUGUUUAUCAUGGUUGGGAUUUCAAUAAUCUAGAAUAUGCAAUUAAAGUUUAUAAGACUUCAAUUUUAGUAUUUAAAGAUAGAGAUAAAUAUGUAUCUGGUGAAUUUCGCUUCAGAAAUGGUCAUUGUAAAUCAAAUCCAAGAAAAAUGGUAAGAUUAUGGGCUGAAAAAGAACUUAGAAAUUAUAAAAGAAUAUUUCAAUCAUCAAUACCAUGUCCUGAACCUAUUUUAGUUAAAAGUAAUAUUAUAGUGAUGAGAUUUAUUGGUGAGGAUAUGACACCUGCUCCUAGAUUAAAAGAUGCUACUGAUGUUCUUUAUGAAGAUGCUUACACUCAAGUUGUUAAAUGCAUGAGAAUUUUAUAUUAAGAAUGUAAAUUAAUACAUGGUGAUUUGAGUGAAUACAACUUAUUAUAUUAUAAGAAUAAGGUUUACUUUAUUGAUGUAUCGUAAAGUAUGGAAAGUGAUCAUCAUAGUGCAUCUGAAUUUUUGAAAAGAGAUAUUUUUAAUAUAAAUCAAUAUUUCAAGAAAAAAGUACAAAUAUAUCAUAAUUUUAGGGUAUAAUGACAUAUACUUUGAGAUAAUUAUAUAAAUUUAUAACUGAUUAACAUAUUCAAAAUAUAAAUGAAGAAUUAGAAAGAAUGUAAGAAGAGAGAGAAUAAAUCAAUGAAGAUUUGGAAGAAGAAUAAGAUAAAGUUUUUGUAGGGGCAAUUCAGCCAAAAAAUUUAAAUGAUUUACCUCAAAAAAUUAUAGAAUCUGAAUUGAAUUCUUUUAAAAAAGGAGGUGAAAGUAUAGGAAAAACAAUUGCUGAUUUUUAAAAUGCAAAUUUAGAAAUUUAAAAAUAAAAUGAUGAAUUUGACUAAAAUGAAGAUUCAAAUGAUGAUGAUGAGGAAGUAAAUAAAGAAGAUGAAGAUUGUUAAUCAGAUUCUUCAUCUGAUGUAUCUUUAUUAAGNCUAAUUGUAUUUGAUUAAAGAAAUUAAGAUCUAAAUUAUUGCUAAAAUUUUAAAUAUAAAGUUUAUAUUUUAUUUAAUGGCUUAAAUUGAUAAGGAGACAGAAAAAACAUAUUAUGAAUAAGAUGAAGAAGAAACAUAAUAAAAAGAGAUACUCGAUGAUCCUGAAUAUGCUUAUGAAGACAGGAGAUCAAAAAGAGAAUAUCGAUAAACUAGAAUCAAAGAUAAAGAAGAUAGAGCUACAGUAGAAUAAUGCUUAGAUCCAAGAACAAGAGUUAUUUUAAUGAAAAUGAUAAAUAAUAAAUUCCUAAAAGAAAUAAAUGGAUGUAUAUCAACAGGUAAAGAGGCAAAUGUUUAUCAUGGUUGGGAUUUCAAUAAUCUAGAAUAUGCAAUUAAAGUUUAUAAGACUUCAAUUUUAGUAUUUAAAGAUAGAGAUAAAUAUGUAUCUGGUGAAUUUCGCUUCAGAAAUGGUCAUUGUAAAUCAAAUCCAAGAAAAAUGGUAAGAUUAUGGGCUGAAAAAGAACUUAGAAAUUAUAAAAGAAUAUUUCAAUCAUCAAUACCAUGUCCUGAACCUAUUUUAGUUAAAAGUAAUAUUAUAGUGAUGAGAUUUAUUGGUGAGGAUAUGACACCUGCUCCUAGAUUAAAAGAUGCUACUGAUGUUCUUUAUGAAGAUGCUUACACUCAAGUUGUUAAAUGCAUGAGAAUUUUAUAUUAAGAAUGUAAAUUAAUACAUGGUGAUUUGAGUGAAUACAACUUAUUAUAUUAUAAGAAUAAGGUUUACUUUAUUGAUGUAUCGUAAAGUAUGGAAAGUGAUCAUCAUAGUGCAUCUGAAUUUUUGAAAAGAGAUAUUUUUAAUAUAAAUCAAUAUUUCAAGAAAAAAGUACAAAUAUAUCAUAAUUUUAGGGUAUAAUGACAUAUACUUUGAGAUAAUUAUAUAAAUUUAUAACUGAUUAACAUAUUCAAAAUAUAAAUGAAGAAUUAGAAAGAAUGUAAGAAGAGAGAGAAUAAAUCAAUGAAGAUUUGGAAGAAGAAUAAGAUAAAGUUUUUGUAGGGGCAAUUCAGCCAAAAAAUUUAAAUGAUUUACCUCAAAAAAUUAUAGAAUCUGAAUUGAAUUCUUUUAAAAAAGGAGGUGAAAGUAUAGGAAAAACAAUUGCUGAUUUUUAAAAUGCAAAUUUAGAAAUUUAAAAAUAAAAUGAUGAAUUUGACUAAAAUGAAGAUUCAAAUGAUGAUGAUGAGGAAGUAAAUAAAGAAGAUGAAGAUUGUUAAUCAGAUUCUUCAUCUGAUGUAUCUUUAUUAAGCGAUAAUGAAGAUUAAGAUGAGGAACCAGAAAAUUAAAUUGUAGAUAACGAAAAAAAAAAAAAAGGUGGAUUAUGUAAAUAUGAGGGACUUACAAAAUAAGAAAGAAAAUAAAAAGUUAAAGAAGAAAAAAGAGAGAAAAGAAAAACUAAACUUCCUAAAAAUAUUAAAAAAAUACUCACAAAAAAAUAAAGAUGAUGAUAUUGUUUAACAAAAUUUUUCAUUUCCUUCAAGC